AUGACUAUUAUUCAAAAGAGGCUGACUCUUCAAACCAUAAAGACUGAAAAUAGAAGCAUUGGAAGAUAUUUUUGAAAACACAUUGUGCAAAUGUAAGACCCAGCACUUACAUUGUCUCUGAUUGCUUCCUCCCUAAGACUGCUGCCGUAUCUCAUUUUUGCAAAAGAUUUUAGUAUUGUACAGAAAAAGAAAAAGAAGGAUGUAUUUGUUAAGACAGGAAGGAAAAUUAGUAAGCAAAUUAUCCAUGUCCUUGAUACACCAAAAACCAUGUCUUCAAAUAUUGUACAACACUAUCUGGAUACAAAAUGCAAACAGUUUAGGAUUAGAUUGAGAAAUAUUAAGUUCAAGUCACUAUAGCGAAAGGGAAAAUGAGGACAAGCCAGAAAAUAAAACAAUGAGAUAUUUAACAAAAUUCUCCAGACUGUGCCCAGAGUAGCUACCUUCUCAAUCAGAUCACAGAUUCUUAGAGGAGGAAUGGUCUUCAUGUGUGUUUUUCACCAUCUGAAUAAGAAAGAGGAAGAGCUAUACAGAGACUCUCAAGAGACCCAGGAAAGAACUUUGAAGAAAGACACCAUAUUUGACAGAGAAUUAGAUGUUCUGUAA